CCACCCUCUCUUCCCAGUUUGCAUCGUCGCGUAUCGCCCGUGUUCCUAACCUAAAGAUCACCCCCACCGCACGCGAGGGAGAUGAAUGCCAUGCUCCUUUGAUAGAGGCAUCACGUCGUCGCCGACAUCACCGACACGCACCGGACCCCCUCGCAGCCCCCGUCGCAUCGAGGGACCGUCGUCGUCGAUCGACCGAGAAAGGCUGACGACCGGGAAACGACGAUUGUCCUAAGUACAAUUACUAUACCUAUAAACACAAUACUACGUAUAGUAAUGUCUGUCCCUCCUCCAUCCUCCAACAAUAUAUCUGACAAUAAUAAGCUAGGCGGUGCCAGUCCUAGUCCGAUUGAGGGUAUUGAGGGGAUUGAGGGAGUUCCAGGGCCGAGUUCCUUGGAUCCUAUGCAUUCAGUGUUGCCACAAGAUGAGGAAUCUGAGGAUUAUGGAGAGGAUGAGGAGGAGGGUGAUGAGGAAAGCAGUGAAGGGGAGAGUGAAAUUAGCGACAGUGGAUUGUUCUGCGAUAAUGAAUGUACAGUGGAAGUUGAGAGCAACAAUUGUCAAUCACCUGUAUCACAAUCUCAAGCGGUCCUCUCUGAACAAGUUCAGAGCCCAGUAUCGCAUAAUAAUGUGCCAUCAGAUGCAGUUCAACCUCAGAGAAAGCGAAAGUCUGAAACAGAGUGUUAUUUACCUUGUAAAAAACUUAAUCCAGAGGACAAACCUCAUACAAUGACUGGAAGAAAGCUGGAUGAUAAAGGUAAACAUGUGAGAUGUGUCAUUCCUACCAAGGACAACCCUCCUCCUGAAAUGAGCAGUUGGCUUUUGCAAUUUCAGAGAUGGUCAAAUGCAGAAAGGAUGCUAGCGAUAGACGAACUAAUAGAAAGAUGCGAGCCUACGCAAGUGCGUCACAUGAUGCAGGUGAUAGAGCCGCAGUUUCAACGAGAUUUCAUAUCGUUGCUACCGAAGGAAUUGGCGUUAUCGGUAUUGGCGUUCCUGGAGCCGAAGGAUCUCCUGAGAGCGGCUCAAACGUGCCGAAAUUGGCGAUUUCUAGCCGACGACAAUCUACUCUGGAAAGAGAAAUGUAAGGCAGCUGGUAUAGAGGACUUGAAAGAUCUACCACCACCGAAACGAAAGAACUGUCGAAAUGGCAAUCAUAGUUCGUCACCGUGGAAGCAGGCCUACAUGCGGCAACACAAUAUUAAAAUGAAUUGGAGAACGAAGCCGAUUCGCACACCGAAAGUGUUGAAAGGUCACGACGACCAUGUUAUCACAUGUCUUCAGUUCUCUGGCAAUCGGAUAGUCAGUGGUUCGGAUGACAAUACUCUCAAAGUAUGGUCCGCCGUUACGGGCAAGUGUUUACGGACAUUGGUUGGGCACACUGGGGGCGUGUGGUCUUCACAGAUGUCCGGUACGAUAGUAAUCAGUGGUAGUACAGACCGUACUUUGAAAGUGUGGAACGCGGAGACUGGUCAUUGUAUUCAUACAUUAUACGGUCAUACGUCGACAGUUAGGUGUAUGCAUCUGCAUGGUAAUAAAGUUGUCAGUGGUAGUAGAGACGCGACACUGAGAGUGUGGCAGGUGGACACAGGGGAGUGCUUACAUGUGCUCGUGGGACAUCUAGCUGCGGUCAGAUGUGUGCAAUAUGAUGGAAAGUUGGUGGUCAGUGGUGCCUACGACUAUAUGGUCAAAGUUUGGAAUCCGGAACGUGAGGAGUGCCUUCAUACCUUACAAGGACAUACUAACCGCGUUUAUUCCCUCCAGUUCGACGGUGUGCACGUUGUUAGCGGUUCAUUGGACACGAGUAUAAGAGUGUGGGAGGUAGAAACAGGUGCUUGUAGACAUACUCUGAUGGGCCAUCAGUCUCUUACCUCGGGAAUGGAGUUGCGUAAUAAUAUCUUAGUAUCGGGCAACGCUGAUUCCACCGUCAAAGUAUGGGACAUUGUUAGCGGUCACUGCCUUCAAACUCUCUCUGGUCCGAACAAACAUCAAUCGGCGGUUACUUGCCUUCAAUUCAAUAGCCAUUUUGUGAUUACGUCCUCUGACGAUGGUACAGUAAAACUCUGGGAUGUUAAGACUGGUGAUUUCAUUAGGAAUCUAGUUGCUCUGGAAAGUGGGGGUAGCGGCGGUGUUGUGUGGAGAAUUCGAGCGAGUGAUACGAAACUAGUAUGUGCAGUAGGUAGUCGUAACGGUACCGAGGAGACUAAACUGCUUGUCCUCGAUUUCGAUGUUGAGGUAAAAUAGUGAGCUCCACCACUUGGACCCAAUCGCCCUCUUUGUACGACUUCUGUACAUAUUUUUAAUUAAGUAGUUUAAAAAACUAAUCUACGCUGUACAAUGAUUUAUGUAUUACAUGGUGUGAUUGUGAUAAGACUGUGUACGCGCUGUAAAAAUCGGGCAGUUCUUGCAGGGUUGGGAAGGAGGGAGGGAAGGAAGGAAAGAGGGACGGGCGGGCGAAGGGAAUGAGCUAUAGCGAAUGAUCUCCAAGUACCCGAGAAAUUAUAAUUAUAUCGUUUUGUCGGAGCGCAUGUGCGUGUAUGGUGUACAAACGUAAGAUUUAUAAGACUCAUAAACUUACGGAGAGGAUGAGGGGAAGAGAGGGGGGGGAGGGGGAAGAAAAACGAGGAGCUUAUCAGUGUACUUCUGAAUUUUCGCUGUUAUAACGAUUCAGUGGAAUCAUCAACGAUGCAAAAGUAACAAACAUCCCUAAUGAGAUUCAUUGCAAGUAAAACAAAUUUAUUAUGUGGGCAUUUAGGAGCAUUUGUCAACGGUGGCAAACAAAAACGAAGCGACCGAGACGUACUGUAAACUGCGAGGCAAAAUGACAUUUAAUCGAAGAAUCUCAUACCUCCUGGAGCAAACGAGAAAAUUUAUAGACGACAAUUCCGAUACGACAUUCGGAUUGUACAGAUCUUUUUAUGAGAAAUUUCAAACGUUUGUUAUAUAUGCGACGUUUGUAUAAUUUACUGCUUCAGAUUGAUCAAACUGAAUUUGUUAACAACACAACUUGAAAGCCUUCUACGGUCGUAGUUAGAUCUUCGUGCUUGUUUUAAUUUGUGUAAUUUUAUAUACUUUCCUCGAAUUCAAUGAACUACGCGGUCAAAUAUCUCUGUACUUUGAAAUCACGCUGCCUCGAAAAGCGUUUCUAACUCAUAUUCGAUUAUUGCGAGAAUUAUCAUCACAGCCUCAGUGGUCGAGUUGGCUAAGACCCCCGUACCGGAAAUUCGGGAAGUCCUAGGUUCGAACCCUGGCUGAGGUGAUAUUUUUCGCAAUAAAUUCUUUACAAUUUUUUUCAGGGGAGAAAAGGAUUAAUAUUAAUUUCAAAUUUAAUAAUAUGUGAUACUAUCUAAUCUUGUUUAAUCUACAGCUGUGUUAUGACUGAAAAAACAAUUCGGCGCGCAGUUCACUGAAUUCGCGAAGAAAGUAUAUAAAAUCACACAAAUAAAAACAAGCACGAAGAUCUAGCUGCGACCAUAGAAGGCUUUCAAAUUGUGUUGUUUCAUUAACGGUCAAAUAUCUCUACUUUAAAUUUGUUAAAUUUUCAGCUUUGAUAUUUCUCGCGCGAUAUAAUUUUAGAUUUUAUUUGCCUGUAUAAACAUUGAUCUGGUUAAAAACAAAUAUUUUAUAAAUAUUUAUAAGCCAAUAUUUUCAUAUCAUUAAUGUUUAUUGAAGGAAAAAGUAAUUUUUUUCUUGUUGCAGUAAAAAAACUUUCAAAAUCGCACGUUUUACUCCGCUGUGGUGCAAUAUACAAAUAUAAAGCACUUUUUUGUGUGCAAUAUGGAUUUACAAAACAUAAUGAAUCGGUACAAGUGACACAAGACAAAACAAUAAUCUUCGUUUUUGACAAAUAAGCAUUGCCAAUAUUGAGUGAAUUUGUUAAAGGAAGAAUAUUUGUAUUAACCAGAUCUUUACACUUAGUACGAAUCAUGAAGACUUAAAAAACAUUGCAUCAUUGUCAUUGACGAACUUUACAUGGAUUCUACUGAAUCAUGUCAUGAAUGACAUCGGAUAAUGCAAUUUGUGCAAAUGCAUCUUUAUUAUUGGACCUAGGUUAGACUAGGUGUCGUGUUUAUUUGUAUAUUGCUCAAUAGUUUAUAUUAUAAGAAUGUGUUACCUGUUGUAUCAUUUUUUUAUAAGAAAUAGAAAAAGAUGUUGCUGCAUA